AAAGAACAUCUAUAGGUAAUAUCUAUAUAUUUACGAAACAGAAUUGAACCACAGAAUUUCAUCAUGAUUUCAAAUUCAAUCAAAUUACUAGUAUUACAUUUUGGUCUUGUACUGGCAUUCGGAAAUUGGGGCGUGCAAGCCAGUUGGGACGAGUGGUGGACAUACGAUGGAAUAUCAGGGCCAAAAUAUUGGGGUGUUCUAAACCCACUGUGGAAGUUAUGCUCAAUUGGCAAACGACAAUCUCCGAUUGAUAUUGAUCCGGAUAAACUGCUGUUUGAUCCAUUUUUGAAAAAUCUUCACAUCGAUAAAGACAAAGUCAGUGGAACAAUCGAAAAUACUGGACAGUCUUUGGUAUUCAGAGUGGAUAAAGAGUCGAAAUACGUUUUGAACAUCACUGAAGGUCCACUGACUUAUCGUUAUCAAUUUCAAGAGUUCUACAUACACUUUGGCACCGAUAACAAUCUCGGGUCCGAACAUAAAAUCCAGGGUUACUCGUUUCCGGCUGAAAUUCAGCUUUAUGGUUACAACACUGAUCUUUAUUCAAAUAUGUCUGAAGCCCAAAUGAAAUCUCAAGGAAUCGUUGGUGUAUCACUUAUGGUCCAAAUUGGACAGACAACAAAUUCAGAAUUCCAAAUGGUCACCAACGAGUUUGGAAAACUUUUGUACAAAGGUAAGAAAUAUUAA